UAAUUUCAUUUUCUCGAAUCAAAAUUCAAGAAAGUCAAAUUAGAUAUUGAGUUAUGUCCGAAGUGAUGGAGGACUGGAGUUUGCAGGCAAUAGUCCGAGGAUCGAGCGGCGAGUUUGGGAAGAUGGAAAUGGACGGCCCCGAUUCAUUCUUCCAAUCCCUGGCUUCCGACCAAGAUCUCCGCGCCACUUUUCCCGACAUCUUCGACGGCGACGAGCUUGAAGAGCUUUACAAACCUUUUUACCCCGCAGCCACCACUCAUUCCGAUCAAACCGCCCAAGAACUAAACGCGGCCGAGGAUAAGGCGUCCCCCGACCAAUCCGAUCAAUCCUCCGUCACCACCUACACGCCCAAGUACAAGAAAAGGAAGAAUCAGCAUAAGAGAGUUGUGGUGAAGGUUUCAGCUGAGGGGCUUUCCUCUGACAUGUGGGCUUGGCGUAAAUACGGCCAAAAACCUAUCAAGGGAUCGCCAUAUCCAAGGAGCUAUUACAGAUGCAGCAGCUCAAAGGGGUGUUUGGCAAGGAAACAAGUGGAGCAAAGCUGCACGGAGGCGGGGAUGUUCAUAAUCACCUACACGGCGGAGCACAGCCACAGCCAGCCCACGCGCCGCAACUCCUUAGCCGGCACGGUCAGGCAGAAGUUCCCCUCCCCAAAGCAAGCCCACAAAUCUCACCACCAAACGUCGGAAAGGGAUGUUAAGCCGGUGAUCAAAGUGGAGGAGAUGCCCAAACCCGACCCAAACGAAUUCGUCGUCUCGGAUUUUGUUUUCAGCGAGGAUUUCUUUUCGGGGCUGGAGGAAUUCGAUGAGUUCGCUCAGCCAUUUUCUGCAAGGCCUUGUAGCUGGCUUUAGGAGUUGUUCCUUUUUUCCGAUGUAAGAAAUAUAGUCGCUCAAGUCAAAAAUUGGCGAGUUAGAAUGUCCAAAUUAAUUUUUUUAUUA